UCUUAGAAAGUCUCUGCAUAAACACGAACAACCUGAUGAUCUUGUGGCACUUUUGUUAGCUGCUAAGCUUUGCAGUGAAGAGCCUUCUUUAGCUGCAGAAGGUUCGGGUUAUGCGCAGAGAGCUAUAAACAAUGCUGAAGGUAUGGAUGAGCAUUUGAAAGGCGUUGGUUUGAGGAUGUUAGGACUUUGUUUAGGGAAGCAAGCUAAAGUUCCCACGUCGGAUUUCGAAAGGUCUCGGCUUCAAUCAGAAUCAUUGAAAGCAUUAGAUGGAGCUAUAGCUUUUGAGCACAACAAUCCUGAUUUGAUCUUUGAGUUAGGUGUUCAAUACGCUGAGCAACGGAACUUAAAAGCCGCGUCACGUUACGCCAAAGAGUUCAUCGAUGCAACGGGAGGGUCGGUGUUAAAAGGAUGGAGAUUUCUCGCGCUUGUUUUGUCGGCUCAGCAACGGUUUUCAGAAGCUGAAGUUGUGACCGAUGCUGCUUUAGAUGAAACCGCAAAGUGGGAUCAAGGAUUUCUCUUGAGACUUAAAGCAAAGUUGAAGAUCUCUCAGUCAAAUCCAACAGAAGCUGUCGAGACUUAUCGUUACCUUCUUGCAUUGGUUCAAGCGCAAAGGAAAUCUUUUGGACCUCUCAGAACUCUUUCUCAGAUGGAGGAAGACAAAGUGAAUGAGUUUGAAGUGUGGCAUGGCUUGGCUUAUCUUUACUCAAGCCUUUCGCAUUGGAACGACGUGGAAGUCUGUCUGAAAAAGGCCGGGGAGCUGAAACAAUACUCUGCUUCAAUGCUGCAUACAGAAGGUCGAAUGUGGGAAGGACGAAAGGAGUUUAAACCCGCGUUAGCAGCUUUCUUAGAUGGUUUAUUACUAGACGGAUCAUCGGUUCCUUGCAAAGUAGCGGUUGGAGCAUUGUUGUCUGAAAGAGGGAAAGAUCAUCAGCCGACUCUCCCCGUGGCGAGAAGCUUGCUUUCUGAUGCAUUGAGGAUUGAUCCGACAAACCGAAAAGCUUGGUAUUACCUAGGAAUGGUUCAUAAAUCUGAUGGACGUAUAGCUGAUGCUACCGAUUGCUUCCAAGCUGCUUCUAUGCUUGAAGAAUCUGAUCCUAUUGAGAGCUUCUCAACCAUUCUUUAAAAUCCCAAAAAACGUAACGUAUCAUAAAGAUUUAUAAUUUAUAUGUUCAUUUUUUCUUCCUAUCAUAUGAUCUCAUGUACAAUUUUAACCCCUUAAACUAUAAAUAUAUAUGUUUUUUUGAGUAA